AUGGCCCCACCGUCGCUGCCGCACCUUGAAUCGCCUCGAUGCUCCUCCCCUAAUUCCUUGGCGAUUGUUGUGGCUGGAGGUGCUGAUCCGAUAUUGCCGUCUCCGAUUGCGACAACGGGAGCGGGUGUACGCGGCGGAUCAGGUGAUCCCUUGCAUCACAAAACGUUGCUGACGCCACCGCCUUCAAUUCCACCUGGAUCGCUGAUCACUCCGGAUGCAGCCCAGCUAUUCCAUCCGGAUGCAAACAUACUUGAUGUGUUUGUGCCCAGGGUGCAGCAAACAUUUGAUACAAAAGAAGAAGCCUACCUCUUUUACCUUGACUAUGCAAAAUUGGCUGGUUUUAGUGUCAGGACAAAAAGGACUAGUAAAGAAACCAGACACUGGGUUUGCAACCGUGAGGGGUUUCUGAAGCCAGGUCAAGAGAAUGAGGAGCCUAUGACAAAUAAGACAUCGAUGAGAAUUGGUUGCCCUGCUUAUGUGAAGGUGAAGGAGGACAAGAAGCGCAAUAUUUGGUAUUUUCAUCAUGUUCAGGAAGCACACAAUCACAAACUUGAACCCUCACCAAGGAUGGUGAGAUAUAUGCAUUCUCAUAAGCAGAGGGAGGCAGCGUUGGAUGACCUGUUUGCAAUCAUGUCAAAGAGUGGUGUGCCAACACAGGCAGCAAUGAAUGUAAUGUCAAAAUUAUUUGGAGGCCGUCAAAACUGGCCGUUCACAGAGAAAGAUGUCCAUAACAAGAAAGCUGAGCAAGCAAGGGAGGAGAGGGAUGGUGACAUGGAUAAACUGUUCCAAUUUUUCAGGGAGUGCAAAGAACACAAUGAAUACUUUUACUGGGAUGUGGAUUUUGAACCAAAAACAAAUGUGCUUCGGAGCAUUUUUUGGUGUCAUGCAAGUCAGCGUGCAGAAUACAAGGAUUUUGGGGAUGUAGUCACAUUUGACACAACACACAAGACUAACAACAAGCAUAUGCCGUUGGCCAUGUUUGUGGGUUGCAGCAAUAAUUUGAAAAAUGUGUCCUUUGGCCAAGCACUUCUUCGGGAUGAAACAAUAGACACAUUCAGAUGGCUUUUUGAGACCUUUAAAAGUUGCAUGGGUGGUCAGCAACCUUUUGUGAUUCUUACAGAUGAAGAUGCAGCGAUGAAGGAAGCAAUAAGGAUUGUGUUUAACAAGACACAACACCGAAAUUGCCGAUGGCACAUAACCAGAACAUGGGAUUACGAACUCGAGGAGCUGUACAAAUUGCACAAUGAUAAUAAUCUAAAGGAGAAACUGCAGUCCCUGAUAAACUAUCCUCUGGGGCCCACACAAUUUGAGGUGGAGUGGAAUAAACUGGUGGAUGAAUGUGGCAUAAGAGAACACCCUGCAAUUGUUGCAUUGUGGCAAAAAAGGAAGAGAUGGAUAGCAACAUAUUUCAAAGGCAUGUACUGUGGGCGAAUGACUUCCACCCAAAGAUCUGAGAGCCAAAACAGGGUUUUGAAAGAUGGUUAUGUUAACAAUGUGACAAGCCUGCAUAUAUUUGCAAAGAGGGUGCUUGACUCGAUUUAGCACACAGACCACAUGGAUGCUGGGGAAUCACACUACUCAUAG